CGAGAAGCCCAUCUGGAAUUGCAGUCCCCUCUUUAGUUUGCAAGAGUAGCCUUAAAAAGGAGCCCAUGGGUUUCUUUUCAAGAUUGCACGGACUUCGUUUCGAGAUAGUACAGUACAUACACUGUACAUGAAUUUCAAAGAAACAAUAUAAAUUAGUAGUAAAGUUAAUUUAAUGCCUGUUAAUACACUCCAUGAUACAGAUUGGUGUUACAGUGGCCCUACAGUAUUUAUUGUUUUAUAGUAGUAAUUACCAAAAUUUACAGCAUUCAUUUUGAAAACAAGCCCCCUAUUUACUUAGUGCAAAAAUAGCCUCGAAAAGAAGCUAAUCUCGAAAAGAAUCCCAUCCAAAGUUCGCAACAAAAAAAGGAAGCCCAGGGCUUCAAUUUGAUGUUUUACGGUAGGCUAAUUACCAUGAUAACAAAAGUUUGGUAAGUCUGAUUGGUUUCAAACUUGGCAGAAUGCAAGAUGGUAAUAAAAAGACUGAGCGUUGUUUUUGGUACUUGUGUGACUAUGCUAAUUGCUUAUUUGCAUAAUUAAUAUUACACUAAUCUGAAUAUUUAUGCUAAAUACCAUCAUAAAUUCCCCAUCCAAAAAAAAAAAAAAAAUAUGUGAAAUUGUAAUAUUUUUUCAUGAUGUUGUCGUCGCUUUAUAGUAAAUUGUUUGUUACCACGAUAGCUGAAGUUCGGUAAGUCUGAUUGUUUUCAAACUCCUACUUUUCAAUUCUCAGAGAAAAACCACACCUUGGGGAGGCUACGGUUUUACUGCGCAGCGUAAAAGGACCAUUUCUAUUUUAUAAUCUUUUUUCCAAUUGCAGGUGAUAGUGACCUUUUCUGCUUUAAACAGUCAUGGAUAACUUAGAAAAUGAAAAUGAGAAACGCAUCCGUGCAAGUGUGUAUGAUCACUCAAGGGCUGUGCUUGUGAAGCCUAGAAACGGCAUAAAGAAAAGACUGAGACGCACAAAGUCUGAAUUUAAACGAACUUGUAGUGACGAACCGAAUACAAAGACAAGAGCGAAAAACCCUCGACGAUCAAUCCUAAAAACUUGCUGGAAAGACAAUGACCAAAAGUUGAAGGAUGCGCAGCUAUUCAUUUAUCUCCCACUUCCUUACAGAAUUAUUUGCUUACACAAUGUUAAUUUACAUCAACCAGUAAAUGAAACUGUAGUCAAGAUUGCUAAUUUACUUAUGAUUGAUGACAGAUUGGUAAACCUAUAUGCAUUGAACAAUUUUAAAUUAGAGAGGCUACUGAGUUUUCAUGACCAGGGUGUUGUAGACCAGGGAAAUAUUUUCGUCAAACUCACAGAAGGACUUAAAGGAGGAGCAGACCACCCUGAAGAGGAUAUUGAUAGCCAACCUACGAUUAAAGAAAAGAAACGUGAUGAAAAGUUUGAGGAAGCUGGAAUCAUGCCCAAGAAAAAUGAAACUGGGUUAAGCAAUGUUUUAUCUGAUGAUAUUAUUCGUUCGCUGUCUUCAAGAGUUGGCAUCAACUGGUACGCAUUGGGUUCAGAACUUAAAAUUGAUGACGAUAUAUUGGAUGGAAUUUCUGAGAAAUCUUCAAUUCCACCAGCCAAACAAUGCCGUUGCAUGCUUGAAUACUGGAGAGGUCACUCUCAAGAAGGAAUUUCCCAGUAUGAUUUACUCUUAAGGGCACUAGAAGGGGUGACUGGCGGAGAGAAAGCGCUAGACUUUUUAAAAAAAGAAAUGUUUCCAGCGAUGGCAGUGGUCCGAAAUAGUCCACCAACAGCAUGUCAAGACGAAAUUGAUUAUAGAUUUCAAGGCACGAACGCUAUCGACUCGGCUACAUUUGGAGAAAAACACAGAAUAAACAUUACGGAUAGAGCCCAUGUUGGUAACAUUGCAACCAAUCCUAUUGCAGAAAAUUUUUUUCAAGGGACAAACAUUAUACAACUACCCGAACCAACAGAAGAAAAAAAAGCAAGAAACAGAAAACACGAAGUCGAAAAGAUAUCCCAAGAGUUGGGAGACUACAUUCAAGAAGCAUUAAGAGAGAAAUAUGAAUAUGGAACCUUUAUGUGUAUAACACCUCAUCAGUGGGCUUCACAUCGGAAAAUUGAUCUUGAACAACUUUUCACGAAUAUGGUUAUGUUUCAAAAUCCCCGUGAUGGAAACGAAAACAACGCAAAACCAAUAACUAUCGAAGAAAUAGCAAAUCCUUACAAUGUGAUACAACCGAAAACAAGACUAGAGGGAGAAAAAACUGAGACAAAAUAUUCUAGGCGUGUUCUUGUACAGGGAGAACUUGGUUAUGGUAAGACAAGUCUUAUGAAAAAAAUUGCUCAUUUAUGGGCAACCAAUCCUAAGGAAAGUCCAUUUUCUAAAUUCUAUGUUGUAUAUCUAGAACUGAGACAAAUGAACACGCAAAAAAGCACUGACUUUGUAGACCACGUCAUACACCAUGCAUUUCCGAAAGAUUUUGUAGAGAAACAUUGUACAACUGUUAGUAUUCUAAGACAGUAUAUAAUUUCACACGAUAAACAAUUUGUUUUCCUAUGUGAUGGUUAUGAUGAAUUAAGAAGAGACUCCGAAUCCCAGAUGUUGGAUGCCUAUAUUGGGAAUUCUCAACGAAAAAGCAUAAUUAUAUUAACGACUAGACCUGAUAACAUGGAUAAAUUGACUGAACACUGUCUAUCACAUAUCAAAAUUAGAGGGUAUACGAAGGAGCAUCAGCAGGAAUACAUAACUAAGUUUUUCAAAGAGGAACCGGAUAAAGCAAAAUUACUGAUUAACAAGCAAACUCUUCAAAACUUCAGUCAUGUUUUCGAAAUGGCCAAAACACCACUUUUUUUGUUUUAUAUAUGUACUUUGUGGAAAAUAAGACAAACUUUACCACUGACAGUUGUCGAGCUUUUUCGAGAAUUAAUGGUUUGCAAAGUCAAUCAGUCUGUUAGGAAGAAAUGUGGCGAAAAGUACCAAGCAAGAAAAGUGGGACGUUUUGAUGAAAUAGGGGAUGAAUUUCGCAAUGCUAUGAUAUUUACUGGAGAGGCCAUUCUAACUGCCCUAUUUGAAAAUAGGCUUCAUGUUUAUGAAGAUGAUCUUAACAACAAAAAAGAACUUAUCAGGGAUUCUGUUAAAUAUGGUCUAAUAAAGGAAGAAACCAGCCAGUCUGAAUUAAGCUACCAAACAUCUUUUUCAACUAUACACAAAUCUGAAUCUGAGUUUCUUGCAGCAUUUUACAUUGCAGAAGCAAUACGGAAUGGUGAAAACAUGAAAGAUGAAAUCAACAAAAUGCUAAAAAGCACUCGCAUGUUGCAAGUAUGCAAAUUUACAGUAGCUCUCCUAAAAGAUCAAGCUCAUCUUUUUCUCGAUUACUUUCCGAUCAGUAAACUUGAUUGCUCGUUUUUGGCUGAGCUUUUAGAAGAAUGCCCCGACAGUGAAGAAUCAAUUGUUCUUAAUUCCAUAAAUUCAAGAAUGAAUGAAGUUGAAGGUAUCAAAAUAAACAAUCCUAUUGGGGUCAGUCUUUGUAAGAAAUUGAGUAACUUUACACAGACAAGGACAAUAAGUCUAAGCAUUAGCUUCAUCGAUUUUGAUGGAGAAGACAUUGUCUCAAUUCUGCAAAACUUGCCAUCGUUAAAAGAUUUUAUUUGGCAAGGAGUAAAAGAUAAACACAUGAAAACGUUUGUUAUUUCGCCUCCAUUUUCAUUCAAUUUAGAAAAAAUAAUUAUGUUUGGAAAUGUAAAACACCCAGAUGCUUGUAGAAAUUUGGCGAGGUUUCUGUAUCAUUGUAAGUCAUUGAAAGAGCUUUGUCUGCCAGUGAUAGCUUAUGGAUCGGGCCUGUAUUUGUUUGUCUCUUUACUUUAUGGACACGAACAAUGUCACCAAGCUGUACCAGGCGAUAGUCACCUCAAAAGAGCCAAGUAUAUUAGCAUGCAACGCAUAUCCUUUUCUCUUAAAAAGACAUUUGAGCUUGAACACAGAGUAAUUGCAUAUGUAUUUCUUGUCAGUAGAUUUAUUUUGCUUUGUCCAUUCGUGAGACAGAUUGUCAUAAGUCAUCCAGAUGAGCUGAAUUUUAGAGAAAAGCUGUUCAUAGAACUUACUGAACUAUGUGCCUUUCGAGAGUAUACAGAAGUGUGUCGUUCUUCCAUAGAUCAAUCUCACACGAUUGAAGGUAUAUUGCAGACACCGACACAAAAUCUAGAGUUAAUGGUAACAGUUGCCUUUUCUGGUGAAUAUAUUAUGGAAAUCAAUAUUGACGUCGAAGAGGUACAAUCUACUUCAGAAAUAAAUUGCCAGGAUCUAAAGUGGUUAUCAGUACCUUUCCAAAAAAUUCCAAAAAGCAGGGUUGCUGAUCCCUGUACAGUAUUACAUAUUUCUUGGCACAAAAACCUAAAUUUGAACUCGGAACCCGGCGAUGUUGGCAAAUUUGUUUCUUGUUUAUGUAAAAAAAAAGGUGUGAUAUCCUUAACACUGCCAUGCGAAGCAUUGUGUUUUGGAAUUUUCAGUGAAGAAAUAAAUGACGUGUAUGUUGAUAAACUAAUAUUUUCUCUCAGUGAACUUACGACAGACGAGCUUAGCCGUCAGAAUUAUGUGACCGAGAUUGGAAAUAUUUUGCCUCAUUUUGCCACUAUAAACACCAUUGGACUUCCACCUUUACACAAUGCAUGUACUUUGCCAUCUGUGUCUAAUGUUAUGUUAAGUGCGUUGGGCAACCUACGAAAAAUUAUAAUAUCAAUACCAGAUCCAGACACAAAUAUGCAAACUUGUGAAUUGCUUACCAACGUGAUCAGACAAAUCCCUACGUGCUGGUUCAAUCAAAUGGACUUUAAUAGUGAUGGCACCCUGUUAUUUUCAUUACCAACUACGCGAACCUAUGAUAAGUCUGUUGUAAGGCAAACACGAGAUAAACGUCAAACGUCAGUAGACAUUGUCACAUUUGGUUUAGGUGUUAAUCUGUAUGGAUUUAAGCCAUGUCAUAUUAGAUACAUGGUUAAUUUACUUAAAAAAGUAGACAGUGCCUUAGAACUCAGGAAAGUGUUCAUUCAUCCUAGCAUAAUGUUUACAAAUCCAUUUGCAACAAGAUUGAUGUCUGCAUUCAAACAAAUUCAAAUGGUAAAGUUUAAUGCACUUGCUGAAGACGUCAACAUCAGCAAUAAGACCAAUAUUCUUUGUCGAAUAAAGGGCAUGUGCAUCGAUAAUCUAAAAAUAAAUGGUUGGUUGGAAAUGUCGAGAAAUGAACUCAUAGAAGCUGUAAAGGAGUCACAGUUUACAAAAGAUCCCAUUGCUGACUGGAUCUCUUUGUUUCCUAUAUUAAACGAAUUCAAUUCGGAUGUACGUUUUCAUGUUUCAUGUUUUACAUCUAAACUGAAGUCUUUAAAGACAUCAUCUAGCGAUCUAGAAAGUUUGGUUAAACUUUUGAAAGAUUGUUCAUCUCUCUGUAAAAUAGUAUUUAAAAAAUGCAUUGGCUCAUCCCUAGAAUUCCAAAACUUGUUAGAACAUUGUAAAACGCAUGGUGUGGUUCUACAUACGUUGGAUUCAAUCCAGUUUGAGGACCUGGAAUCCAUUGAUUGUAGAUUGGUGCGUCGACUACUUGACUUCUUUCCAUCUGUCUCUAAGAUGAUAUUUCACAACAUCAGCUUCAUCAAGACUGAUAAUUGUACGACCAAUAUUUUGGUAAACGCAUUACCAGCUAACGUUGUGUCCUCACAAGUUAGCACAGAUAGACUGACUGAUUUAGUUUUUAGUGGCAAAGAAGUUAAUGGCUCAACCGUUGCUGAACUACUUUUUAGUUCUCCUCAUCUCUGCAAUGUCGAUGUGUCUGAGAGCAUAUUUGAUGAAUCUUGUUUCAUUGAGCUUAUAGAUGAUAUCACAAAACGCCAGACGUUUGUUCAUGAUAAUUUAAAAACGUUAAAACUCGGUCACUUCCGCGUAACUGAUAGGAAAUCUGCAAAAGUAGGGAAGUUGUACAGUCAAUUUUUACUCCAAAUGCCUAAUCUUACACGUGUUGAUAUAUCUAGGUUUAAAAUGGGCGCGUACUUCCUCGCACAGUUUCUGGAUUAUUUCAAUCAGAAUGAAAAUCGCCAUUUAGGCCUAAAGCAUCUGGAUGUUUCAGGACAUCGUUUAGAAUCAAAAGUAAUGAUAUCAUUUCUUGAUUUCUUAAAGCGUCUUCCUGAAUUAAAUGUACUUAGUGUAGCUAUGUGUCGCAUCUAUUCUCAUGCUGGACAGCUUUUCGAUUACAUGUGCCAAAGAGAAAAGCGUCUGCGAAUGUUAGAUUUUUCAGGAUCACAUUUUAUGUUUGAGGAACAAAAGAUACUGUUCAUUUCGGAAAUUCUACGUUUUGCCACUAAUGAACAAGAAUUACACUUAAGAAAAUCAAGACACAAUUUUCUUGGUGGAGUAGCUCGUGAGUUAAGGACGCGCAAAAUUGAAUCUUAUCUCCGAUGUCUUAAUCUUAGUCAUUCUCGUUUAUUAGACAUUGCCACGAUCGCAAACUUUGUAACUUGCCUUUGGCGUCUAAGGGUACUUAUUAUGCGUGACUGCCAGUUCACUGGACACUCUCUACAAACAUUUACCGACUGCAUGCAAACCUCUAGAAAUGACGAUAUCAUUCCAGAACUUCUUGAAUUUGAUAUAUCGUCUUCGGACUUCAGUGCACCACAAUCAGGAGCUUCAAUAGUUUCCGUUAUGAUAAUUUUUCCAAAACUUGAGGUUCUAAGGCUAAACUCAUGUAAAAUGACAGACACUGUUGUUGAUAAUAUUUUGAUAGAACUAAAACACAAAACUGCGAACAAUUUAACUGCAAAAAACUUAAGAAGUCUGGUUAUUUGCGAUAAUACUUUGUCCCAUCCACUGGCAUAUGCCAUUAAUAUUGGUAAAUACUUGCCUGUGUCGUGUAAAGUUAAAGUUUCAUCGGAUUCAAACAGAACACCAGACAAAGACAAUAAAUUAAACCCUGCAGGCCUCAUUGCGUUUGAGAAAUUGUUUCAAAGGCUUAUGUUAUAUACAAUUGGCGUAGAUACAUCGGAGAAUAUGACUGAUGUCAUUGAUGACUUGAUUGGAUUGGAUUUAUACCAAGGAUAGCCCACAACUCUAAGGGCUUGUUUCCAGCGGUGUCCUUCUAGUAGUGAUUGAUAGUACACUGGGAGACAAUCCUCAACAUUCCGAAGUGACGAUACAAUUUACUGUGUAAAUUUGAGGGUCAUCUAAAUUUCUGACGUCCCAGGUUUAUUUCAAUAAACCUAUCAAUGGAUCUAAAUGAAACUUUCCAUAAUAGUUUGUCAUGGUCCAGUAAAGAAAUGUAUAUUUUCUUUUCAUUUUUAUGUUUACUGGUGUUUCUGCUGUAUUUGAAGAAGGACGACAGUGACGGACUCGCCAGAGUUUCCAUGUCGUCCCUUGACCAUUUUUUAUGUUUACUGUAACUUUCAUUUGUUUAAUUUCCAUGCAUGUUUAUAAAUUGUCCAAUAAAUGUUGAUUAAAGGAAAAAAAUAGUGAAAAAUGAUUAAAUUAAAGGGAUUACAGGGAAACGUCCCAGAUCAGAUAUCUCAAAAACUAAUCUACUGAUCUGAAUGAAACUUUCUUGAACAUUUAACACAUUAAACCAUGUUACAAAGAAGAAAAUAUUACAUUUUACUGACCAUCCAGAUUCAUGUGUGAAUAUGAGGAUCAUUUAAAGUGCUAAGGUCUCAGACCUAAAUAUAUCUAGAAACUUAUCAAUGGCUCUAAAUAAAACUUUCUAGAAUAGUCUGUCAUAUUCAUAUAAAAUAUGUUUCAAUUUUGGUGACAAUCCAAAAUGUAGGAUUUGGAUAUGAGGACCAUUUAAAGAAUAUUUUUAAACUGGUAAUUAAACUAUAUAAACACAAUUUUCGUUUUUUAAAGCAUUUAAACCAGCUGCAGCUAGGUUAACCGCAAAAUUACUGUGAAAUGCAUGAACAAUAUUUGCACUUUUGUCACUGUGUUUUGUCUGUGUUCUUCAAGCUUGACGUCAUUCUAAACAUUUUGAAUAAUAAUAGCAGUCAUAGUUCGAGUCUCCCUGACGUCGAGUUUUAUUUAUUUUUUUUUUGUAAUUUCAACAUCACUUCUCGUUAUGGCAAUGAGAAAAGCCUUAUGUUCUGUUUACAAACAGACUUAGUAAGUACAUUUUUUUUUUUUUUUUUUUUUUUUUUUUUGAAAUUUUCAAAUUACCAAUAAAUAUUGUGGGACAAUCGAAGAAAAUGUCAGACAUUUACAUUUUUUUUAGAAGAGUUAAUUGUUUAAAAAAUGUGUUUAUAAGUAGCCUUGCAUAUAGUGUAAUACAAUUGUUUAGUUCAAUUCCAUCCUUUUAUAAAUAUCCACCUUUCGCAGAAGCGUUUUAGAUGUAAGUUAAACUGGUUUUUUUUUUCUCGUUUCUUUGUAUUGUGCCGUCUUUUGUUUCACACCAAGCUGUAAGUUCCAGAUUUGUAAUUAAUUACCUUAAUUAAUUUGUACAGUAAUUUUGCAUUUAACCUAGCUGCAGCUGGUUUAAA